AUGGCCGAAUUCGUUGGUCUAGUUGCUAGUAUUGUUGCCCUCACAGAGCUCACUGGAAAGGUCAUUGGGCUGGGCUCUCGCUACAUCUCGGGGGUGAAGAGCGCAGAGCAAGACAUGAAAGCUCUCAACCUAGAGCUCGUGGCUUUGGCAAGGGUCCUCAAAACACUCCAAGAUCAAGCAAACCGGAAUUAUAGUCUCGUCGAGCUUCGUGUACCAAUCCAAGAAUGCACCAAGCAGAUGAGGGAACUUGAAUUGCAGUUGCGGCCGAAGAAGAGAAGACUGAUCAACCGAUGGAAAUGGCCCCUUAACGAGACACAUACUUCUAAGGUUUUAGAAUCCAUCGAACGCAGCAAGAGUCUCUUUACGCUAGCGUUGACAGCCGAGCAGUUUUAUGUAACCCUCGCGGUCGAGGUUUAUACCCGGAAUGCGGACCGGAAACUUGACGAUAUCAAGUCCUCUCUCGCAGCAGAGCUCGCCAUCGUAACUAAGCAAAGAGCUUUGGAAGAAGAGCGUCACAAGGUUAAGGAAAGGGCGGCAAUCUUAGAGUGGCUCUACAAUCAUUCUUUCGAUGAUAUGCAUUGCCAAAUCAGCAGUAGACGACAUAAGCAUACGGGACAAUGGCUUUUCCGGGAACAAAAGUUCAGAAAUUGGAUUAAGGAUCAACCAGACUUUAAAUUACUAUGGGGUUACGGAAUACCGGGCGCGGGUAAGACCUUCAUCAGCUCCUUAGUCAUUGACACUCUGCAAUCAACAUCGCAACAGUCCUGCUCUGCCGUGGCAUAUAUUUACUUUAAUUACAACGAAAAAAACAAGCAGACGGUACCGAAUGUGCUGAAAAGCCUCAUCAAACAGCUUGCUCGUAAAGCGCCUCGAGUUCCUGACAAGCUUCAAACUCUGCAUGAGGCAUACAAAGAAACACAGGAGCGACCGAGCGUGAACGAGUUACAGCAUGUCCUGGUUGCGGUCAUAGAAACACUACCAAGAGUCUUCUUUGUUUUUGAUGCUUUAGACGAAUGUGAUGAGACCAAUAGAUGCAAGGAAUUUCUCCCGCUAUUUCACCUUCUCGGUACUAGAGGUGCAAGUGUUUUCAUAACAGGUCGACCGUAUCCGCGAGAUAUGCAAGAGUCUCUAAACGCCAACUGCGUAACCCAGAUUCAACUUCAGGCACACGAGGAAGACUUGCGAAUGUACAUAGAGCAGAAGAUAGAGGAUAGCAUACAUGCUAAGUACUUGAUUCAAGGAGAACUACGAGAGGACAUAGUUAAACGAUUAGUGGGUUGUUGUAAGGGAAUGUUUCUACUAGUGCACCUCCAUAUCGAGGACCUCUGCAAGUAUACAUCAGUGAAACAGAUACGAAGCGCUCUGGGUGAACUUGAUUCUUCCUUGAGGCAGGAGGAUGCAUUAAAUGGAAUUUACAAACGUGCCCUAAGCGAUAUCGGGAAACAGCACAAGAGCAGACGUAUCCUUGCUUUACGGACCCUAGCAUGGCUUUCAUGGGCCCCGGAAGUAGAUAAGACCGAAGCCCUUUCUCUGGCGGUUGCGGUUGAGGACGGAAUGGCUGAUUGCGACGAUAUCGAUAAUGAAAGUUUACCGGAUGUCACGAUGAUUCUGGAGGUUUGCAAAGGCCUGACAAUCAUGGAUGAAAACACCAAACGGAUCACUCUCGCGCAUUACUCGGUCAAAGAAUAUCUUGUCGGAGACCCUGACUUCAUUAGUCGGGCGGGUAUUGCUAUCAUAAACACUUGCUUCACCAUAGUAGGCCUCAAAUCAUUGCGUCAUUAUUACCAGAUCCUCAGGUUUAAGCCAAAUUGGGAGCUACCCUGGUUGCAUGCAAUUUACCAUGUUCAUGAUCAUAUACGCACCUUUGAUCGCAGCCUCACGCACGGGCCAUACCUAAAGUUUUUAGAUUCACCCACCUUCUCCAUCUAUUAUAAAGCCUGCUGGUGUCUGGGGAUCAAUUUGGGUAUCUACAAGCUUCCUUCUGCGCUCCAAAGAUUCAGACCAUCUUCCUUCCUACACGCAGUUAGUAUUGGUCACGUGAGUGUCGUAAAACACUACAUAAACCUAGGCGUCGAUUUCUCAACUCCCACAUCCAGCGGCAAUACAGCACUAUACAUCGCAGCACUUGAAGGAUAUGAGGAGAUAGUGCAGGUGUUACUAGAGAAUCACGCAAACCCACAUGCCAAUGUGUCCUAUGGCGAAACAGCGUUGCAUGUAGCAUCCAAGCAGGGGCAUGUAGCAAUACUAAGCCUAUUGCUGGCUACGGGUGCGGAUAUAACUUUAGGGAACGGCGUGUCAGGGAAUACACCGCUGCAUGAAGCGGUUGAGAAUGGGCGACUAGAGUCAGUUAGAUUCCUGAUUGAUAAAGGUGCUGAAAUAUCGAUCAUGAACCAGCUUGGGAAUACGCCUCUACAUCAAGCCUCCUCACUUGGUUUACUGGAUAUUCUUGUCAUUUUACUAAACAGGGGUGGGGACCCUUGGCGAAGAAAUUACGACGGAUCUACAGCAUUCGAAUUGGCUGUAGAUCAUGGCCAUAUUAACAUUGUCCGUUAUCUAUACACUAAGCGCGGCCUAUCGCUACGCCCUGGGGUUCCAGGGGCGCUGAUGCUGCAGAGAAUCUCGAAAUGGUGCCCUCGGGCUCUCCAUCCUCUGCUAAUGUCAAUAACAGACCCCGCAGCUCGUGGAUGGGGGGGACAUCCCCCACUCAUCUAUGCCGUCCGACACAGCUUCAGCGAUGCAGUCGUACACCUACUGGAAAAAGGCGCGGAUAUAUCUGUGAAGGAUAAAAAUGGAAACACCGUACUCCAUCAUGCCGCAGGGGACGCAGAUAUGUUUCGACUGCUAUUGGAUAAGGGUGCGGACAUAGCCGUUGCCGGAAAUACAUUACUUCAUCGGGCUACAUACAAGGGUUAUCUAGACGUCGUCCGUAUUCUCCUUGAGAGGGGUAGUGACCCCUCUGCACCUGACUCUGCGGAGGACAGUCCUCUCCAUAUGGCCGCAUCUCGAAACCAUUCAGAUUUGGUUACUUGCUUGCUGCAAUUCGGUGCUGAUCCGUCUGCGAAAAAUGCUUCAGGGUACACGCCUCUGUAUCAUAGUGUGUUUACCUGCGCCGGACAAGACUUCGGGUAUGGUAGAAGCAGAGAUCUUUCUCAAAUAGUUCAUACUCUUCUCCCAUACUGUGAUGAACCCUCGAUUCAAGACAAAAAUGGAAAUACAGUUCUUCAUAUUGCUGCAGACAAGGGUUGUCUGAACCUUGCGAAUGCAUUUCUAGAGAAAGGAGCUGAUCCGUCUUUAAAGAACCUCAAUGGAGAAACCCCUCUGCAGCUUGCGCUGCAGAAUGGUCACGAGAGGAUAGCUAUUUCACUCAUGAAGAGUGGUGCAAAUUUAUCAUCCAUAAACUCCGUUGGAUCUACACCACUCACCAUUGCCGCAGGAAAGGGAAGUCUGGAGGUAGUUCGUGCACUCCUCGCUGCGGGCUUAGAGGUCUCGGCAGUGGGAAAUUAUAGGAGAACAGCGCUACACAAUGCAGUAAUCGGAGGUCAUCAUGAUGUGGUACUCAAACUACUCGAGGCUGGUACUGAUUUGUCUGUACAAGACAAAGAUGGGUUUACCCCUUUACACCACGCAAUUAUUGAUUCGGAUGUGGAUAUAUUCUCCAUACUAGUCAGAGGAGGUGCUGACCCAUCACUAACACUACCGGGUGGGCGGGGAGGCAUCCACAUUGCCGUAUUGGCAGGACGAUUGGAUGUGGUGGUUGAACUUCUCAGCCGUGGCGUAGAUGCGUCAUCACAAGAUGAUGACGGAAAUACAGCACUCCAUAUUGCAAUAGACUGUGGUCAUCUCGAGAUCGCGCGUAUACUGGUGUAUAAAGGUGCCGAUGUCUCCAUAGCGAACUUGGAAAACUAUACAGCUCAGCACCUUGCACUGAACAGUGACCAUAUUGAGAUCUUUGAUAUAAUCUUUCCACACGGUGCUCGACCAUUGGAGCUCACGAAUGAUGGCUUUACGGCUUUACACCUCUGCAUACGGUUUCCUGAACGUGUGCAAUCACUCUUAACGCAAGGCAUUGACGCAUCCUCCCGCUGCGCAGAGUUCCAGCGUACACCCCUUCACCUGGCUGUAGAAGAAAAGUGUUUAGAAACAGCUCGUAUCCUACUUGACGAAGGAUCCGAGCUGUCAGCAGUGAACGUUGGCGGCGAGACACCACUUCAUCUAGCUUCAAGCAAUAUCCAAAUGACACGGCUACUUUUAGACAGGGGCGCCGAUGUGUCUGCGCGAGACAAACGUGGCCGGACACCAUUACACCAUGCAAUAUCAGCAGGUGUGGCUCUACUUCUAUUAGAAAGAGGGGCGGACCCGUCAUCACAGUCCCUAGGCGGUCAUACUCCAUUACACGACGCAGUAAAUAGGGAAAUACCAGAGCUUGUUCGUGUCUUAUUGGAACGAGGGGCAAGUCCAUCAGCACAGGCACGGGAUGGCUGUACAUCACUACACUAUGGAUUUUCCAAGGACGAUGGUGGCGGUGAUGGUGGUGCUGAACAGCCCGAUGUCUUCAAACACCAGUUCAACAAACAUGAAGAUCGGAAUAGGGUAGCCAGGGUUCCAAUUACGCUAUUAGACGGUUCCGAGGGGUUUAUUCAAUACUGGAUUGGCAACCGGUCUGAAAGAAUACACCCAAAUAUACAGCUGGAUGUGGUCAUGCUACUCCUUGAUUCUGGCGCCAAUCCGUCAGGAAGAUGUUCCUCCGGAUGUACACCACUACACUUUGCCUCCCAAUUUAACAAGGUUGAUAUUGUCCGUGCUCUUCUGGCUAAAGGUGCAGACCCAUCCCUAGUUUGCGCCCAUGAUGAAACACCACUCUCGAUUGCCAUACGGUUCAAACGUAAGGACGUUGUUCGUGCUCUAGUGGAGAGUGGUGCAGAGGCCUUAAGGGCUGUAGAAAAUCGUAGCAGCCUACUUUAUGAAGCCAUACAAGGUGGUCAUGAAGGCUUGGCACGAUUGUUGUUAGAGUCUGGCGUGGACAUAUGUGGAACAAACGAUUACGGCUUAACGCCAUUACAUCUCGCUAUACAGGCUAAAGACAUUAUUAUAACCAACCUCCUUCUGCAACAUGAUGUCGAUAUCUCGGCGCGUAGUCCUUCCGGCUUAUCACCACUUCAUGCGGCAGCACAUUCCUCUUCUGGGGUCCCCAUGAUAUCAGCUCUCCUUAAAAAAGGCGCCGAUAUAUCCGAACUUGAUUCCGUUGGGAUGACUGCUCUCUAUCAUGCCACACUUGCCGAUAAUAUACGUGUAUUCAACUUUUUGAUAGAGUGCGGUGCUCAUCCAGCUACAAAUCUUCUGAGUCUAGAACCGGAGUCUUUUAUGGCACGCCUUAAGACCUUAUGGGAGAUAUUGAGCCUAGAUAUCUACGAACAUCAUAGUUUACUUGUGCAGGUCGGUAUCAAUCUUUCAGUGACCAUGGACCGAGCUUCAGAAGACAGUGUACUCGAGCAACUCGAGAACAUUUUCCUUUCCGCUUGA